AUGGCUUUUGCAAAUCCUCAAAGUCAAAGGGCGUCUUCUUCUUCAUCUUCCCUUUCUAUUCGUGGAUGGAAUUACGAUGUUUUCUUGAGAUUCAUGGGUGAAGAUACCAGCCAUAAUUUUACAGAUCAUCUCUACAGAACUUUGAGUCGGAAAGGGAUUCGUACCUUUAGGGAUGAUGAAGAGCUUCCAAGAGGAGAAGAGAUUGCAGCAGAACUUUUAAAAGCUAUUGAAGGGUCAAGGAUUUGCCUCAUAAUUCUGUCGGAAAACUAUGCCCGUUCUAGGUGGUGUUUGGAAGAACUGACGAAGAUCAUGGAUUGCAGGGAGAAAAUGGGAAAAUUAGUUCUUCCGAUUUUCUACCACGUGGAACCAUUGCAUGUGCGAGGACAUAUUCAGAGUUUUGGAGAAGCUUUAGCCGAUCAUGAGGAGGGAAGGAGGAAGAUAGAGAGGUGGAGGGCAGCGUUGACCAUGGUGGCGGGUAUCACCGGAUGGUGGUUAAAGAAUCGGCCUGAGGCACAUGUUAUUGAGGAGAUUACUUCUGUUAUUUGGAAGAGUUUAAAUCAGGAACUCUUACAUGUUGAGAAGAACCUCGUUGGGAUGGAUCGUCAAAGGGUGUCUUCUUCUUCUUCUAUUGGUCCAUCAGAAUAUGAAGUUUUCUUGAGCUUUUGGGAUGAAGAUGCCAGACACAAUUUCAUAGAUCAUCUCUAUGCAGCUUUGCAUUGA